GGCAGAAGACUAUUUUCCAUGAAUUUUUUGGAAAAAAACAAUGGAGCAGUCUCAGUUGAUGUCAAUGGAUCAUGUGAGAGGGGUAAAUGUUGCAAACUUAGCUGAUAUGGAGCAAAGUCGUAUGUUUGCUAAUACAUUAGCUCAGAACAAUGAUCCUAAAUUUCAUGUUUGUAAGCUAUGUUAUUGCAUGGGAAGAAAAGUAAAGCACGAGGUCCCUAAAGAUUGGGUCUGUGAAUCAUGCCAAAGUGUCAGUGACUUAGUUUUGAUGGAAUCUGGGAAGAGAGAUGAAGCUGUCACAAUUUCAAUGAGCAAGGGGAAAUUAUCAAUUUCACAGCUUCAUUCCAAGAAGAAAAAGCCAGUAGAAACUGGUAAAGUUAAGUUCAUUCCUCAUGAAGAAAUCCUUAAGCUAUCUUCAGAAACCUUCAACAAGUCAAGAGGUCAGAAACUAAACAUUGCACGCUACUUUAUCUCAAAUGCCUACUAA